UGCGAGAUUUAUUUGCUGCAGCUAGCUGCCAACUUGCAUUUUGCGUCCAGCGCUAAUACAAAGAAAAUGGACAACACUGAGGAGCGUGUGAGCAAUAUCAGUGAUGAACAGGACGAGGCGAUCGUUUUGGAGGAAUCGUCGGAUGAUAGUGAUGACUCCACAGAAGACAUGCUCCUCGAUGAUCUGGAUCCCCUCUGGGAUCGGCUUUCGGAAGCCUCUGAUGAUGACUGGUAUCCUGAGGUCACUCCACGAAAAAAGAAGAGAUCUGGUCUGUCUUCUGUAUCACCAUCUCCAGCAAAGUCUUGCAGGUCUGGAUCCCCUGCCUCUGUGCAAAGCAGCAAAGGGAAAGCUAGGAAAAGCAGCACAAGGCGAUCCCUACCUUUCUCCAAAAGCAUCUCUGAAAAGAAGUGGAGAAGUGUAGAUGAGCCUGACAUCGAGCCGACACAGCCAAUAUUCAGACCUAAAAACACUCCCGGCCCACAGUUAAUCUCCACUGCAACAUGCAGUCCUCUGCAGUAUUUUGAGUUGUUCUUUUCAAAAUCAGUGCUAAAGACCAUUUUAGAAAAUACAAAUGUGUAUGGAGCCAUGCGUCAAGAUGGAAAGAAGAUGCCAUGGGAGGAUAUUACAAUCAAAGAUCUGAAGUCAUUCAUAGCACUGGUUAUUUACAUGGGAAUGCUGAAAUGCUUCUCACUGUCAGACUACUGGAAAACAUCAGACUUAUACAGUCUGCCUUAUCCUGCACGAAUCAUGUCUGGGAGGAAAUUUUAUAAAAUCUCUGGCGCGCUCCAUAUUAGUGAUCCCAAAGUGGAUGCAGAGAAUGACAAGAAGAAAGGAACACCUGAAUACGACCGUCUGUGUAAGAUCAAACCGCUGUACCAGGACAUCAGGGACGCCUGCAGAGCCUCUUUCCAUCCCUUUCAGAACAUUGCCAUUGAUGAACGAAUGGUGGCCUCAAAGGCUAGAAAUGGACUCAAACAAUACAUGAGAAACAAACCGACAAGAUGGGGGUACAAACUUUUUGUACUGGCGGAUUCCCUCUGUGGCUACACAUGGGACUUCUUCAUUUAUGAAGGAAAGGCCAAUGUGGUGGAGAGCAAGGGUAUUAGCUAUGAUUCUGUCAUGAUUCUGGCAAAUGAAAGGUUGUUGGGAAGCGGCUACAAGCUGUUUGUUGACAACUUUUACACCAGUCCCAAACUUUUCAGAGACCUGCUCCGUAAAAAGAUCUGGGCUUGUGGCACGGUUCGCUCUAACCGCAUUGGCCACUCAAAGACACAGGCUCCUCGUGGCAAUAUUCGCUGGUUUAGGGAAGAAGAUCUGCUGUUUGUUGAGUGGAAGGACAAGAGGGACGUGCUGAUGUGCUCCACCUUUCAUAAAGCCUUUAAUGGGGACACCAUAAAGAGAAAUGUGAAAGGAGCCGAUGGAGUUUGGUCUUCUCAGGAAUUCCCCGUUCCAGCCGCAGUACUGGACUACAACAAGCACAUGGGAGGAGUGGAUCUGUCUGAUGCACUUAUAGGGUAUUACACGGUUCUGCAUAAAACAAAAAGGUGGUAUCGAUCCUUCUUUUUCCACUUUGUGGACAUCGCUGUAGUCAAUGCCUUCAUUCUGCACCAGCAGAUGGCCAAGAUGAAGAACGAGAAGCCUCUGUCCCAGAAAGCCUUCAGAGAGGCGCUUGUUGUAGGGCUUGCGGAAACGGGGCCUGCAAAAGACUCUGAAAGAGUACGCCCAACUCCUACUUCAGAAUCCCACCUGCCGGAUUACCUAAGUGGGGACAGCACUUAUGGAAGACGGAAAUGCAAAAUGUGCUCAAACAAGACUCCAGUCGUAUGUGUAACUUGCAAGGUGUAUUUAUGCUUUGUUCCAAAGCGUAACUGUUACAUUAAAUGGCAUGAAUUAGAUGAUGAGGUGGAUGAAGAGUAA